CCUCGCCUGCGUACGGCGGUUGAGAACUGCUCCCGUUGGCGAGGUCUGCUCAUCCACUUGUGAACGGUUUCGGGCUUUCUGAUGCUAGUGCUGCAGCGCACCAUUAGGCCUGGAAAGUGCUUUCCUGCUGUCCGUCGCGUUCGUGUGACGGUGAGGGCAGGAUGGCCGUGCCAGCCGCCGCGGAGCGGAACGACUGAUAGGGUCGCCAGCGGAAGAAGAGAGAAUCCUAAACUAACUGCUGUUGUGGGGGGUGUUUUAAGAGUCAGACCGGAAAGCCAGAACUAGUACCAUCGAGAAAGAAGGGAUCGGGAUUUGCGGAGGAGAUACCAGGAGGAUAGCGGAGAACUACUGGUGAUUAUUUUUUAACCGUUAAGAGGCUGGAUGAACUAUUGUGAUGAACUAUAAAGCUCAGCAUUUAAACACAUCAUGGUAGAAUAACUGUAAACAAUGCUUAAGACCUAACAGGAUGUCUCUGCACAAGCUUCUCUGGUUCCUCUGCAUGACUCCCAUCCCAAAUAAUUGUCGUUUGGAGACAUCUGCAUAAUCUUGUAUCAGACUGGAACAGGAACAAAAUAUGUUAAGGAAAUGUCACAGUGUUGCACAGCGAAAACGUGUAUCUCAUCACUACAAAAUCAAUCGAUUUUCCCAAGAAGAAAUGAAGGUAACAGAGGCUAUGUAGAUAAUCCUGAGUGGGGGCGUAUAUAGAUGAGUGCCAUAUGAUAAAAUCAGCCUGUGUGAACCAGCUUGGUGCAGCGUGUUAGCACUGCAAGGCGAAUAACGUACGGAAGUUGUAAUUUACUUCAGAGACUAGACCUCUCCAUCUUAACUUGUAAAGUAAAACAAAAUCUCUGUGAAGGGAAGUUGCUUGGGCGUGUAGAAGUAACACGGAGCAAACAUAGGUCAGCUCUCACGAAUAUAGAGGUAAGUGUGUUAAGAAAGUGAGUGUAGUAGUGUUCGUGCCCGGUGAUUUAAAAAGCUUUGAAACACAACCCUGGGAGAUAAAAAGGGCUUUGCUGCCGUGGACUCUGCCGAAGAGCUCUCUGCUGCUGUCGCCCACCAGAAGAGUGGCCUGGCGGCCCUACCCGAGUGCGGUUUGGCGCCUGCCGCAGCACCCGAGCUCAGUUUUCCUUCCGCAGCCCCCGGCCGGGGUAGGCCGCUCAAAUUUGGCCCAUCGCCCGGGCCGAGCUGCUGCUCGCUUGCCUUUCCCGUGCCGCUACGGGCCUCGCCGCGGGAGCGGCGCAGCACUGGCGCCGGGCGCGCCCCCGCGGAGUAGCUGUGCGGAAGCAGCAGCGGGGCAGGCGGCGGGUGAGUCGACACUGGGCGGCGGCCGGCUUCUUGCCAGCGAGGAGCUCCUUGCCUGGGGAUAUCUGAGCGGUGCCAUUUCGCUCCCCUCAGCUGCUGUAGUGCGGGAAAAGGGGUAGCGGGUGAACGCCUCCGAGAUGAGCCCGGCCUUGCGUGGCGGGAGGAAGCGGCCGUCACGUUGCUGCAGGCCCAAGCCACCGGUGCGGCGGUUUUGGUAGCAGCGCAGAGGGGGAGGAAGCAGGCUGAAGUUGGAAAGAGGUACCAGGAGAGGAGCUAGUAAUUUGCUUUCUACUUCUGACUCUCUUCUGAUGAUUUUCUGACUGACUGGUGAAAUGUUUUUGCACCCCGAGACAUCCUGUUGGCUGUCUCUUCCAGAACUAGAAGAAUGUUUUCUUGGAUGCAAAACCUUGUUUUGAUUUCUGCUCUCAAGUAGUGCCUUGCCUAGUUUGAAAAUACAAGCGAGUUCUUGGGUUGUAUAAAAGAAGGAAAAAUGGAAGAAGAUGAAACUUUGCAAAGUGAAGCGGAGAGAGCAAAAGUUGAAACAUGCACUACUCCCGAGGUCGGUCAGCAGGUAUCAGCCAGUGAGUUCCUUUGCCACUGCUGUUACGACAUUCUGGUCAAUCCUACCACUCUGAACUGUGGGCAUAGUUUCUGUAGACAUUGCUUAGCUUUGUGGUGGGUAUCAUCCAAGAAGAAUGAAUGCCCUGAAUGCAGAGAAAAAUGGGAAGGGUUCCCCAAAGUCAAUAUCCUCCUCAGGGAUGUUAUUGAAAAGCUAUUUUCUGAUGCCAUUGAACAAAGAAAAGAAGAUAUUCAACAAAACAGUGAUAUAGCACACAGCUUAGCAACCUUCCAAAAAUAUGGGAAUGACCAGAUCCCUACAGUUCCGAACACAGGAAGAAUUAAUCCUCGAGGAGGAGGGUUUUUCUCAGGCGUUCUGACAGCUUUAACUUGUGUAGCAGUAGUUCUACUUGGUUAUCACUGGAGUAGCAGAGAAUUUGAAGAUCUUCUUGUCCACAAGCCUGUUGCUAAAUGGACUUCUGAGGAAGUGAUACAUUGGCUGGAGCAGCUGGGUCCAUGGGCUUCACAUUACAAAGAAAGAUUCUUACUGGAGAAAGUAAAUGGAAGGCUCCUCGUAACACUGGCAGAGGAGGAUUUCACAAAAGACCCUUACAGUAUAGAGAACAGUAACCAUAGAAAAGCUAUUAUGGAGGAACUGGAAUAUGUGAAAACUUUAGGUGUUAAGCCACCACAGAACCUUUGGGAAUAUAAGGCAGUAAAUCCAGGAAAAUCACUAUUUCUUCUCUAUGCACUGAAAAUUUCUCCAAGACUCAGUAUGUUAUACCUGUAUGUGUUUGACUAUGCAGAAGGUUUCCUACCAUUUAUCCACACAAUUUGCCCUAUGCAAGAAGACAAAUAUGAAGAUAUUGUCCCAAAACUGCUAGACCUUAAAGAUCCUUCUUGGAAACAGUGGAGGGAAUUCAUUGUAAAGUAUUUAUUUUUGCCAUAUCAGUUGGUAGCUGAAUUUGCUUGGGAUUGGCUGGAUGUGCACUACUGGACAUCAAGAUUUAUAAUUGUAAAUGCCAUGUUGCUAUCUGUUCUGGAGUUAUUCUCAUUUUGGAGGCUCUGGUCAAGAAGAGAACUGAAGACUAUUCCUCACAGAAUGUGGAGACAUUUCUGGAAAGUCUCAACCCAGGGUCUUCUUGUUGCAAUUUUCUGGCCUUUUAUUCCUCAGUUUGUCUGCAAUUGUUUGUUUUACUGGGCCUUAUACUUUAAUCCAAUUAUAAACAUAGAUCUUGUGGUUAAAGAAGUGAGGCGUCUAGAGACACAAGUGCAGUGACUGGCAUUGGAGCUUUUGGUAUGUUUAGCUUCUAAAAAUGGACACCUGAAAUGAGCUUUGCUUUUCUUACCUAUGUGACAGUGAAAAUGGUAGAUCAUAUUAAUUCCAAAUGUACAAAAAGGCCUUAAGAUAAGUUACUCUUAAACAGUCUGAUUCCAGAUCCAGAUCUUUACUAUCAGAAAUUUUCUAUUGAGGGGAAAUACCCACAAAACAUGCCUGAUUUAGUCACAUAAACUGUAUACAAUCAUGUCAUCCUGGUUAUGAUCAAAAAACAUUCUCGGUUCCGUCUCUUUCUCUCUUCGGCACUACUAAGGUGAUUUUUUUUUUUUUCCCCUUUAGCAUUUCAUACCAGCAGUGUAUGGACUUAACUUAAGCUUCCCAAAGGAAAGCUCUUCCUGAAUAGGCUUGAUACUGAAAAUGCUUCAGUGUUUUCAGUCUGCUUUACACAUGAAGUUGUGACUGUCAGAUAUAGAAUCUACAGUAGCAUUCGUUUGAAAAUUCCCACUCUUGAAGAUUUUUGGAAAAUGUGCUUAAUGCCAUUGCUGGUUCUUAAAUUAGGGUUAUCUUUUUAAAGAGAUUAUUUUACAAAUGUGACCUGACACUGUAAUUACAUCUUACUGCAAGAUACUGUGUGCAUCUAGGUCUGUGAGCAAAUACUGCAAAGUUAUUUUGUGUCACUAUGAUUGCCAUUUUUAAGUAUGGGGCUUGACUGAAGCAAAGGUUUAGCUUUGGCUGUUGCAUCUUAUGUUGUUUAAGUUUUUUCUGUGUGUGUUUUGUUGUUUUUGUUUGGGUUUUUUUUCCAUUUGUAUCCUUAAUAUAAACUUUAAAUUUGCUUAUGGAUAUUUUUAAAGAUUAAAGAUCUGUUUUUGAAAUCUUCA